AUGCAAGACCAAACAGACCAUACCCUCUUCAUCAAACAAUCAGAAAUUGGAAAAAUGUCAAUAUUGAUUGUGUAUGUUGAUGAUAUCAUUGUCACUGGCAACCAUAGUGAAGAGAUGAUUUUGAUCAAAGAAAUGUUGGCAAAAGAGUUCGAAGUCAAGGAUCUGGGAGCACUCAGGUAUUUUCUGGGAAUGGAAUUUGCUAGGAGCAAAAGAGGGAUUUCUGUAUUUCAAAGAAAAUACACUCUUGAUCUCUUAAAUGAAACAGUAAUGCUUGGUAGUAAACCCAAUAAAACUCCAAUCGAGCUCAGAGAAAAGAGAAAAAUGUUUGAAGGAAGUUCAGUUGAUAAAGGAGGGUACCAGCAACUAGUAGGGAAGCUUAUCUAUCUCUCACAUACCAAACCUGAUAUUGCCUUCGUAGUAAGUCUGGUCAGUCAAUAUAUGCAUGAUCCAUGUCAAGAACAUCUCAAUGCAGUUUACAGAAUUCUUAGGUAUCUCAAGCAGACACCAGGAAAAGGUCUUUUCUUCAAAAAGACAACUGAGAGGAAGGUUGAAGUAUUCACAUAUGCAAAUUGGGCUGGGUUAGUUGAUGAUAGAAAGUCUACAUCUGGGUAUUACACAAUUGUAUGGGGAAAUGUGGUGACAUGGCGAAGUAAAAAACAAACAGUUGUUGCAAGAAUUAGCGCAGAUGCCAAGUAUAGAGCCAUGGCCCAUGGAGUGUGCGAAGCAAUAUGGAUCAACCGCCUAUUAGGGGAAUUGAAGAUUUAA